GCUGAGAACCCUUCCCACAGGUUUGGGCUUUGUAAAUUAAUUCAUCUGCAAAUAGUGCCCGUCUCCAGAUGCGGCUGCAGGGCUGGAGCGCUGGUUUCUUAAGGAUUUAACUUUAAAAAGUCAAGGGCUUCCUGCACUAGGUGUUACAAAUAAGUAGUGUCAUUUUCUUUUUGCUCCGGGUUUGUUCAUCCAAUCAUAUCCCAGUAUGCAAAUAAACCUUAGCCUGUGCAGAUAAAAAGGAACAAAUAAAGCCAAGUGCUCUAUCAGAACUAAAUCGCUGAGCCUGUCACCUGUAUUUCAGGAGCUGAACCAGAAAUGUCGUCCUCAGGCAUGCCAGACUUACCUGUCCCACUCACCAAUUUGAAGUUUCAAUAUACGAAGAUCUUCAUAAACAAUGAGUGGCAUAAUUCAGUGAGUGGCAAGAAAUUUCCUGUCUUUAAUCCUGCAACGGAGGAGAAACUCUGCGAGGUAGAAGAAGGAGAUCAGGAGGAUGUUAACAAAGCAGUGAAGGCUGCGCGACAGGCUUUUCAGAUUGGCUCUCCCUGGCGUACUAUGGAUGCUUCGGAAAGAGGACGGCUACUGUACAAAUUGGCAGAUUUAAUUGAAAGAGAUCGUCUGCUGCUGGCUACAAUGGAGGCAAUGAAUGGUGGAAAACUAUUUUCCAAUGCAUAUCUGAUGGAUUUAGGAGGCUGCAUAAAGACAUUACGCUACUGUGCAGGGUGGGCUGACAAGAUCCAGGGCCGCACAAUACCUAUUGAUGGAGACUUUUUUACUUAUACAAGACAUGAGCCUAUUGGUGUGUGUGGCCAAAUCAUUCCUUGGAAUUUCCCGUUGGUUAUGCUCAUUUGGAAAAUAGGGCCUGCCCUCAGCUGCGGAAACACAGUGGUUGUCAAACCGGCAGAGCAAACUCCUCUCACUGCUCUUCACGUGGCGUCUUUAAUAAAAGAGGCAGGCUUUCCUCCUGGAGUUGUGAAUAUUGUCCCUGGUUAUGGGCCGACUGCAGGGGCUGCCAUUUCUUCUCACAUGGACGUAGACAAAGUGGCCUUCACUGGAUCUACGGAGGUUGGCAAAAUGAUCAAAGAAGCUGCAGGGAAAAGCAAUCUGAAGAGGGUGACCCUGGAGCUCGGUGGAAAGAGCCCUUGCAUUGUGUUUGCUGACGCAGACUUGGACAAUGCCGUUGAAUUUGCACACCUUGGGUUAUUCUACCACCAGGGCCAAUGUUGUAUAGCUGCAUCCCGGCUUUUUGUGGAAGAAUCCAUUUAUGAUGAGUUUGUUCGAAGGAGUGUUGAGCGAGCUAAAAAGUAUGUUCUUGGAAAUCCUCUGACCCCAGGAGUCAGUCAAGGCCCUCAGAUUGAUAAGGAACAAUAUGAAAAAAUACUUGACCUCAUCGAGAGUGGGAAGAAAGAAGGGGCCAAGCUGGAAUGUGGUGGAGGCCCCUGGGGGAAUAAAGGCUACUUUGUCCAGCCCACGGUUUUCUCUAAUGUCACCGAUGAGAUGCGCAUUGCCAAAGAGGAGAUAUUUGGACCAGUGCAGCAAAUCAUGAAGUUUAAAUCUUUAGAUGAUGUGAUCAAGAGAGCAAACAAUACUUCCUAUGGCUUAUCAGCAGGAAUCUUUACCAAAGACCUUGAUAAAGCCAUAACAGUCUCCUCUGCUCUGCAGGCCGGAACAGUGUGGGUGAAUUGCUAUAGCAUGGUGUCUGCCCAGUGUCCCUUUGGUGGAUUCAAGAUGUCUGGAAAUGGACGAGAACUGGGAGAAUACGGUCUCCAUGAAUACACAGAGGUUAAGACAGUCACAAUGAAAAUUUCUCAGAAGAACUCAUAAAGAAACUCAUGGAAAGUCAGAAGAAUCCUCAAUGGCUAAGCAUCUCAUGCUGUCACUAAUAUAUUAUGGUGGGUUUUAAAUACAAAAAUGUUUUCUUGACUUUUUUUUUAAAAAAAACAUAAGCUGAUCAUAUUAGCAUUGAUACUACACAUAGAAUACUUACGUGUAGCUUAUCCUGAAUCAUUUGCCUUCUGGUAUGUGACCUCCAAGUCCUAUCUGUAAUAAAAAGGAUGGAUUUAGAUGAAAGAGCUCUCUAGCUCCAUAAUAGUCAUGUGCUUUUCUUUGUAGCUACUUGUCCAGGAUAAUCAUUGUAUAGAAGAGGACCAGUUGUCACUUAGCUUCUUCCCAUUAACAGCCCCUUGAAGUACUUAACAAGCCUGUUAACUGUAGGGUAGAUGUACUCCAUUCCAUUUAGUUGUGAAGUCCUUAGAUUUUGUUGAAAUGUUUCCAACAAUGUCAUGUCUUCUUCUCAAAUGAAGUAAUCCCUGAAAUACUUAGUUGUAAUCUAAUCACAGAGCUUAAUAAAAACAACCUUGCAUGA